AUGGCGAUGGCGGCGUGGUACCACCGUGACAUCAGCCGUGUGCAUGCGGAGGACUUGCUAGCCCGGGCUGGGAGGGACGGCAGCUUCCUGGUCAGGGACAGUGAGUCUGUGCCUGGAGCCUACGCCCUCUGUCUGCUGUGAGUAGCCUACCACCACACACACACACACACACACACACACACACGCACACGCACACGCACACGCACACACACACAAACACAACAUUCCUUUCCAUCUCUGAGUGUGUAUGUUCAUUAUCAACUCAGUGAUGCUCACAGUCAGUGGAAGGGGAACUAACCUCAUAUUCACAAGUGCUAUAGAGUGCCUCAAUGUCUGUAUUGUAAAUGGAGUUAGCAGCCUGUCUCGCUGUCAUCUCCAUCAGUGUCACUCUGAGCUGGGCCAGCGGGCAGGGAGAAGGCUGUGGCUCACAGGGCUGCUGGAAGUCUAUAUCUCCUGAACAUUCAGGCUGCCCUGUCUCGAUACAGCCCAACCAAGCCUGGACAGUGUGCGUGUGUAACCCUGGCUUAGGCCCCCCCCCCCCCCCCCCCCCCCCCCCCUCCACCCCCUCCCUUCAGUCUUCCCUGGGGCCCCUGGAAGAGGGCGGGAGCUGCAGUGACCACACGGCUCUCUGUGCACAGCAGCCCCGAGCCAGACACAUUCCUGAAAGCUGAGCCCCACUGCUGAUCAUGCUGCCCCCCCCCCCCCUCUCUUAGCUGUCUCAUUCUCUCUUUCCUCAUUCCCCUUUCUCUCUCUUUUGCUGUGUAUUCUAUUCUGUGUUUUUCCUGUCCCUCUGUCUCUGUACCUAUUCCUCCUCUCUAUGUUGUAUGUCGGUCUACUGUACACUAAUCUAAUCUCCACAUCAAUACAGGUCUACUGUGUCUUGACAUUAUUCUCUAACUUCAUUACAGGGAAAUAUGGAUUCCUUCUAGAUGAAUGAUACAUGUGAUUUUCUACCGGGCAUCACAAGGCCAAGCUUUCAACAGGGGGUUUUAUAGGCAUUUACUGUACUGUGUUUCAAGGUUGUGAGAGGUAGUAGAGAUAAAAGUUAGCCAUCUAUUGGAUCCUUGACACAGACUAGUGGUAUGAUUUUGCUACCAAGUGAUUAUUAUCGAACAUGAAGCCCACAUGCGGUCCAGAUGAAUGACACCCAUCAGGCUAGUUUGUGUAGGUUGUUUCUUGUCAAACACAUGGAAAAGGAGUCUUAGAAAACAUCUACCAGAAAAAGUAUUUAAAGGUAUUAGAAAAAAAUCGAAACACAAUAAUGUUGAAGUAAAGACCCCUGCCAACUAAUAUCAACAUUUAUAUUUAGUUUAGGAAAAAAAAUUCAGCUUUCUGUAAGUUUAAGAAACAUUGCCUUGUGCCUUGAAAUUCUGUUACCAAAAACCCACAUAUUUGUAAGAUAUUUUCAUGAGGAUGGAGAAUAAUAAAAGUUGACAAGUAAAGGUAGACCUAUCAAUUAGUUAUAAUGUUUUUACUGAUAUCAAUUAUGUUAAUGAAUUAUUAAGUGAUUUAAAGAGGGUGUGUUAUCAGCUGAUCAUUGAUGAUGAUUGAUGUAAGUCAAAUUUGUAAGUCGCUCUGGAUAAGAGCGUCUGCUAAAUGAUGUAAAUGUAAAUGUAAAUCUGAUAGUUAGGGACAGAUCGCAAUUUACUGGGGGGAGGGGUGGUCCAAAAUAGGGGAGGGUUGUCAAACUUUUAUUUUGCUUUGGGGAGGGUAGUACGUUUUUUUCCCUCCCCUUUAACAAGGUGUUUUGGUACUUCCCUUAUGCACUACGCCUUUCUGCCGCUAACUUUUACUAUACCACAGGUCAGUAUAUUCUACUAGUCUAACUGUCUAUCCUGCCCUCUAUCCACCAUGCAAAGUGACAAUAGUGGGAGGUGGAUCGUUUGUACAGAUCUGCAACAGGCUAACUAGCAUAUAUACCACAUAUAAAAACAUUCAAAGCUGCAUCAAUUUUGAAUACGAAUCUACAAGAACAAAUAGGAAUAGCUGAUAGGCAGAGGAGAGGCCAGGUGCAUCAUUACACAUGAAAGAACAGUGAAGAAAUGACACACGCAGCUCAAAAAUCUCCCCUAUUGGUCUUGUUUAUGAACAAUACAAUUAUCCUACCUAUACUAGCCUACAACACCGCAAUGCAAUGAAUAAUUGCAUUAUCGUUUUCAAAUGAGUACAACAUUCUAGCCUACUCUGGGCUGCAGUGAAAAUGUAAUUAGAAUAACAGCACAAAAGCCCUGUGAUUUGAAUGUUUGAUUUGAUUUGGAUCAGCUGUGGGUCUACUCUCGACAGGCCAGUCUGGCUAUAUGUUUACUUCUGAUACUGAAUGUGCUGUCUGUUGCAGAACAUCAUUCUCCCAAGUCGUUCUAUAAUAAUGUGGCUACAUAUGCUCACGGCAGGCCCAGUUAUUCAGGAAAACUUAACACAUGCUCUGCCUCCUCUCCAAUCCGAGCGGCUAUUCCUUGUGCACCUAGAACCCAACGCUUCAAUAUAGCCUAAAUAUUUAUAAUUUCGCUUUUUAAAUGUAUUACCUUUUAUAUAUGGCAUAAACACAACCAGUCACAAUGUUUUUAUCUGAUUAGGCUACUUAAAAAGUCUCCUUUAGGCAUGCGCACGUUCAUCCAAAAUAUAUAGUGCCUUAAGAAAGUAUUCACACCCCUUUACUUUUUCCACAUUUUGUGGUGUUACAGCCUGAAUUUAAAAUGGAUUAAAUUUUGUGUCACUGGACUACACACAAUAACCCAUAGUGUCAAAGUGGAAUUAUGUUUUUAGAAUUUUUUUGAAAUUAAUAAAAAAUGAAAAGCUGAAAUGUCUUGAGUCAAUAAGUAUUCAACCCCUUUGUUAUGGCAAGCCUAAAUAAGUUCAGGAUUAAAAAUGUGCUUAACAAGUCACAUAAUAAGUUGCAUGGACUGACUCUGUGUGCAAUAAUAGUGUUUGAUUUUUGAAUGACUACCUCAUCUGUGUACCACACACAUACAAUUAUCUGUAAGGUCCCUCAGUCGAGCAGUGAAUUUCAAAAACAGAUUCAACCACAGAGACCAGGAAUUUUUCCAAUGCCUCAUAAAGAAAGGCACCUAUUGGUAGAUGGGUAAAAAAAACAGACAUUGAAUAUCCCUUUGAGCAUGGUGAAAUUAUUGAUUACACUUUGGAUCAGUCACUACAAAGAUACAGGCGUCCUUCCUAACUCGGUUGCCGGAGAGGAAGGAAACCACUCAGGGAUUUCACCAUGAGGCCAAUGGUGACUUUAAAACGGUUACAGAGUUUAAUGGCUGUGAUAGGAGAAAACUGAGGCUGGAUCAACAACAUUGUAGUUACUCCACAAUACUAACCUAAUUGACAGAGUGAAAAGAAGGAAGCCUGUAUAGAACACAAAUAUUCCCAAACCUGUAUGCUGUUUGAAACAAGACACUAAACUAAAACUGGCAAUGAAUUGAACUUUAAAUCCUGAAUGCAAAGCGUUAUGUUUGGGCCAAAUUCAACACAACACAUCACUGAGUACCACUCUUCCUAUUUUCAAGCAUGGUGGUGUAUGCAUCAUGUUAUGGGUAUGCUUGUCAUCAGCAAGGACUAGGAAUUUUUUUGUAUGAAAAGAAGCUAAGUGCAGGCAAGAUCCUAGAGGAAAACCUUGUUAAAAGUUAAUUUGUGGAAUUUCUUUCCUUCUUAAUGCGUUUGAGCCAAUCAGUUGUGUUGUGACAAGGUAGGGUUGGUAUACAGAAGAUAGCCCUAUUUGGUAAAAGACCAAGUCCAUAUUAUAGCAAGAACAGCUCAAAUAAGCAAAGAGAAAUGACAAUCCAUCAUUACAUUAAGACAUGAAGGUCAGUCAAUCCGGAAAAUUUCAACAACUUUGAAAGUUUCUUCAAGUGCAGUCGCAAAAACCAUCAAGCGCUAUGAUGAAACUGGCUCUCAUGAGGACCGCCACAGGAAAGGAAGACCCAGAGUUACCUCUGCUGCAGAAGAUAAGUUCGUUAGAGUUACCAGCCUCAGAAAUUGCAGCCCAAAUAAAUGCUUCACAGAGUUCAAGUAAAAGACACAUCUCAACAUCAACUGUUCAGAGGAGACUCUUCCUUAAUAUAGGCUUUUAAAAAUUUAUUUUUAUUAAUAUUAUGCAGUGGACACCUUAGUUUCUAGGCCUAAGCAUGCAAUGCCCUGAUGCAUUUAGUGUUCAAAUCUUCAACAGCAGUCACUUUUGUUUAUUGGCUAUAAAAGUUUGCAUAUGCUACAAAUCGAAACACAAGGAAUAGUGUUUUUGUAAUUUAUUAUUAUAUUUAUAAGGACACGUUAUUUUGUGGCUCAUUUGGCCAAUAUCCCUCGUUUAUUGAUGGCGUUGGCUGCGCCAACCAGACAGAAUAUUGAUGAUGUAAAUCAAGUGUUAUCAAGUGUUAAUCAAAUGUUAUGCUGCUGCGGCAGUACUGUUGAUAUUAAAACUAGGUAGCUAGCUACACACACUCGAUAGGUGUCCAUCUCAAGCCAUGCAUGUUUGGAUACCAGUGCAGGGCAGAAUGGGGAAAAAGGUGCAAACUGGCGCGCGUGAGCUCCGUACAGGGCAGACCAACAGGCGCAACCAACGGACGGGGUGGGGGUGGGGGAUGGCUAACUUGAAGACCUCAUGACGAUUUGCGGACAAUGGGUUCAGAACAACAACAACAAAACUUUAUACUAAAAUAAUAUCUAUACCACCACCCAAAAGGGCACUUGGCGAGUGGGAAGGCAACACAGAACAUGACCAACCCAGAACAUUCAUGGACUUUAAAAGUAGUUGAAAUUUGGUCAGUCCACCCUUGCCUUGAUUUCAAGGUCCACAGAUGUUGUUUUUUGUUACACCUAGACAGGCUUUAAUUUCAAUGUCCACAGAUGUUGAUUGUUGGUCGGGUCUGGACCGGCCAUGAUUUGACCCAAACAAACAUCUAUGAUUGGUUCAGAUUUGGUCCGGACCAGACAAGAAAUGAACCAAACAUAGAUGUCUAUGUUUCACAAGUUUGGAGAGCACAGUACAGUACAGUACAGUACAGUAGAGCUCAGGAGAGGACAGUACAGUAAAGUACAAAAAAAGGUUGAGUAAACAAUAUCUCAGUACAGUACAGUCCUGUACAGUAGAGUGGAGUAGAGUUCAGUACAGUACAGUACACAGUAGAGCACACGAGUUGAGUACACUAUAAUGUACUGUACUGAACUAUACUGUACUGUACUCUACUGAGCUCUACUGUGCUGUACUUUGAUGUCCAAACUUGUGAAACAUAGAUUUGGUCUUGUUUAGUGGAGGAGCUCAUUAAAAUGAACGUGUAGAAUAAUAACCAAAUAGACAAAGGAUGAUAUUGUAUAUUUCUACCAUUGUGUACCUAUUUAAGAUACAUUUACAUGAAGAUAAUGACAUUCAUAUCCAUAAUUAUGCAUUUCUGUGUAGUACAGAUCAGGGACCCAUGAUAAAAUUCUGUUAACGCAAUUCCACUUCACUUACUGUGGCUCAAUAACCAAAAUAAGGUGUCAUUUCAUAGCUGGCACCCAUUCUUUCGGCAGACAUCUUUUAAUCUUAAUCUGAAGGAGAUUUUAUCGAAAUCCUUUUACCAAACUUUUCAUCUGCACAGUUCUUCCAGUAAAUGUGUUUUUGUAAAUUGUUCAAAGUAGUUAUUGUGCAUAGAGUUGUAUGGUUAAACUUUGAAAUCAAAGGUUUUUGUUUGGCAUACAUUUUAAGUGAAAAAUCUUAGUCUCAGCGCAGUUCCGUUAGCGUGGAAUUGCCCGGUAGUAGUCAUAUAGUCCCACACUACGCAGUGGACCAUGAAGUUGCUACAACAACCAUCUAACUGAGUCACACCAUCAACAAAUGAGCGUCUUGUUUAUCUUUAACAAGGGCAGCACAUCUGCUCGUCCUUAUUUUUUUGUUACUUUAAAGCUGUUUUGCCUUUGAUUGUUUAUUUCUGGCCCAUGACAGUGGUAUAGUUCUAUGUAGUGCUGUCUUGUAUAUAGUAUAUAGUACAUUUAUAAAUGUUAUUUUCCCCUUUUCAGGUUCCAACGGCACGUUCACACUUAUCGUAUUCUUCCUGACGCAGACGGCCUGUUGGCUGUUCAGGUGAGUGACCAUCAUCAGUUCAACUUUCCAAACCCCCCCUCACUUACACACAUGACCUAAUCCUGACAGUAACUAGGCGAAUACUGUAGCAUAUACUGUAGCCUACAUGUGCAUGCAUGAUAGUAUCCUCUUGUAGCAACCACUUUCGAGAAAGAAUGGACAAUACAAUACUGUAGUUGUUGUUAUCGUUACAACAGAGUUGUGUUAUUGUCUGUCGUAAGGGAAACAGGAAGUGUCUUGUGUUAAUAUACUAGGCUCAUUCUGCUACAGGCCUUUUUGUUUGAAUGGUAUCUCUGCCAUGCAGCUGCAUGCUUGGAGAAUGACCUCAGCUCCACAGAGGAGAAAUUGUGUGUCUUCCAGAUUCCUGACCUACCCACUCAUUGACCAGUGCUCUAAGGGGGAUGGGUCUGUUGGUGCUUUGUGUCGUGGACAAGGAUGUGUGUGUUGAGAGAUAGUUGGACAGGGGAUAGGGAUGCUUUGAAUUAGUUUGUGUGUGGUGAUUGUAUGGAUGUGUUUUAGUUAGUGACUAUAGGGGACGGCUCCUUUCAAGAGCCAAAACGCCUGGUCCUAAUUAUCAGGACGGAGAAAAAAAUACAGUAACAAAAAAUAUUAGAGGCAGCCCACAAACCAGCCUGUGCAUUCCUUUACCAUAUCUGGUGCAAAAACAACAGCUCAAUAACAAUUGUCUCAUAGAGACAGUCAUUUAAUGAGUCUUUGAUUUGAAAACACCAUAUAAACGUUAUUUUCAGAUGAGGGCUGUGCUCCAAUUACUGUAUCGCUGCUUCGCUUGUUUUCCACUGAAGUCAGUAAAGUCUCACUGGCUUUGUUAUAAAAAAAACAUUACCACGUAGGGAUUGCGUGGUUGCUUUCUUGUUUUUCUGAGGAGGCUAUUUUAUAGAGGGGAUAUUUUGAGCAAAAAGACAGGCCGUUUUUGUCUCCCUGUGUCGUUUAGUCUGUAUUUUCUUUGUAAUCACUUUUCAAGAGCUCCUCGAAAAAAUGCAUCAACCAUUAGAAGAGUCCCUGGCAACUGGGGCGGGUAACGUCUGCCAAAUUUUUUUUUUCAAACCACACAAUGAAAACAAACUUUCUAAAAUAAGUCGUACAGGAAAGGGGCUUUUAGUUUGCGGUGUUGCUGUGUGUGCCCUGUUGGCCCUGUGUCUGAGAGUGUGUCUGUGGCGUCUAAUAUGUCUAUACCCGCAGUGUGUGUGUGUGUGUGACUGGCACUUAAUGUGUUUGUCCAUGGCUGUUGAAUGUGUAUUUCCCCCUCCAUGUUUACUGUACAUAUCUGAGGCAGCUGGCUGUUGGAGUGUUGUUUAUAGCGGGCAGCGUUUGUACGGUAGACUGGCUCAGAACACAGAGGUCGGCUAGUAAACUGCUGGAACACUGUGACUCAUGGCAGCCAACCUUGGCAGUGACCAGAAUGUGGGUGGCUGGUUGUGACAUCAUCUCCUGUCCCGUGGGGAUAGCAGGGGUUUCUGCAGCCUGCUGGGCAGUGAGUGUUUGAUGUGGUUCUUGUUCUGGCCAUGCAAACAGAGGUGAGUGGUUGUGGCUUCUGUUUGGCACCUCCAGGGCCUAAGAGACUAGCACCUCUACUCCAAGGGAUCCUCCUGAGUAUAUCCAGGUCGGUUGACUGCCAGAGCUCAGGAGACUUGCAGUCACAUUUAAAAAAUCCACCACCAUUUUGUUUUGGUGGACAAUGUUAGAACAACACAAGCGUAUCCUGAACAGGUUCUUAUGGAUUUGAGACAUUUGUACGGUCUUCCAAGCUUUAGGAACUUUAGAGAAACAGUUUAGAAACAGUAUCUUGUGGACGGGUUGCAGCUCAUUGUGGCAUCAGUUCAGGGAAUUUGUUCAUCUGUCCUGUACCUAAAGGAAACCCUCAUGAAGAUCACCUGUGUUGUGUAGGUUCUAUAUAUAUCAUGUGUUUAUGGUAUUUUUGACCUUUCUGGGUAACCACAGCCCAUGUAUGUUCAUUCUUAUAUGUUUGAGCAAAUCGCUAUAUGUCUGUGAAUGUCUAUUUAUAUUAUAAUUCUGUCUAUACUGUAUGUGUGUUUCCCCACAGACGUCUCAGGGGGUGCAGGUGAACUGUUUCCGUACACUGGGGGACCUGGUGUUGGGGUACCAGCACCCCCAUAAUGGUCUGGUCACCCCCCUGCUGUACCCUGUGGGGAGGGACACGGAGCCUGGUGACGAGAGCUCAGGUGAUGAUGAGAAGCCAGGGCUGGUGUGGAGUCCCAGCCCAACCCCAGUCUCGGUCUGUACAGCUCCCCCCGCAGGACCCCCAGUCAACCUGCCCCCACACCUCCUCUUCCUCCACAGGCUGCAGGAGCUCAACACACCCAGGUACACACUCCCUAACACCAAUCACACAUCAGGAGAAUGCAGACAUACUUCCAGUUCCACACAUAAAUAGGGAACAAUGUGCAAUAUUGGUCUGGGGUUAUUUAGGGAUGAAAGUACUUUAGCACUUUAGCACUGAACCACUUCCCUGUGGCAUCUAGGUAUUCCCUUUCCCUUCCUCUUCAACAUGCCUGAGUGGUGCGUUCAACAACGCUCACGGCAAACUUUGUUUUUUGUUUUCAACAGAGUGUGUUGAAUGUUUUUUUUUAACACAAACAUUCCAUUCCGUUCGUUUUAGCUACUCAAUCUGGUAAAAUAAUGGAUAAACCACGUAAAAUAUAGAUUUUAUACUGUGGUUUCACAGCAUGGCAGGUGAGGUGGUUGGGCUGCUCAGUGAGUAUCUGUGCAGUGAGCUGCCUCUGGAUGUUGAAGGUCUACGUAGAGGAGCAAAAGGCCUACGCCAUCUACACCAAACCCUGGGCACUGCAUGCCAGGGACUCAACAGGUGGGUUUCAGCAUGUUACUACUGCUAUUACAGUUAAAGUGUUGUAUGUCAUUUAGUGUUUGUGAUGUGAUGGAUUUGUUGGUUAUCACAGGGAGAAAAUGAAACUGAUUGUCUGAUCCACAGUGAGAUUGACCUGACCAUGUCCAGUUUGGAGACUCUGGCCAAAGUGUUUGACCAUCCCACCUGCCCUUUAACCUCCGCCAAGUCACAGGUACAUCCCAUCUGUGAUAUACCCUGUCUGUCCUAAACUCUCUGACCUACCCUGUCUGUCCUACCCUGUCUACUCUACUGUGGUCCACGAGGGACCCACAAACUAAGAAGACAGAAAACUAAUGGAAAUCUGCUUUGCUACGCCCUCUAGUGCACUAAUUGAGAAAAAUAACUUUCACAGAGCAUCACUGUCUGAAUCACUCAUCUCUAAAUAUGUUCCAUUCAUGGGGUACAAUUACAUAUUUAUAUCUGUAUUGCAUGCACAUAGCACACAGCUACUUAAUACAGUAUAUUACUGUUCCUCCUUUUAGAAUAUGGGUAGAGGUCCAGACAUGGAGUUGGACAGCCUGCUGGGUAAGAUCUCUGCCCUGGUCAGCCUGCUCUCCUCCCUGGAGAAGAGGGUAUGUACCCACAUAUACACACACACUACCACCCAAUGCAAAUCAGUCUGAUAUUCAUUGUCUACACAGUCUAAAGCUCUCUAUGCUCUUACUGUGCAGGUGCUGAAAGCUCUUCAAGAUGCUGUGACCAAUCACAACUUGGCUGUGCAGCCUGCCCCUCCCCCUGUGCCCACCCCUGUCUCAGCUCCAGCCCCUGCUCCUGCCCCAGCUCCUGCGCCAGCCCCAGUCUCUGCUCCAGCCCCAGUCCCUGCUCCAUCCCCUGCUCCAUCCCCUGCUCCAGCCCCAGUCCCUGCUCCAGCCCCAGUCCCUGCUCCAUCAAUAGUCCCUGUAGCCAAGAACCAUGCCAGGCCCAUACCUGUCCACUCUUUCCAGGUGAGAGAGAGAGAAAGGUCUCUUCAUACCUUUAGGGGGGCAUACCAGCUGUUUAAUCAUAUUUUGAUCAUCUUUGAGGUACAGUAUUGUAUAUCUUGCAUCAUCUUUGUGUGUGUGUGUGUGUGUGUGUGUGUGUGUGUGUGUGUGUGUGUGUGUGUGCGUCUAGAUUAAGAUGGUGCGUUACGGCAGACAGACAGUGUCAGUGGACGUGGACACAGGAGUGCUGCUGUUUGACAGGAAGGCCGGGUCAUUUGGAGUGGAGACAGUCUCACACGACCGGAGUAAGAGAAGAACAUCAACAUCUAACAUUACUUGACCGAGUUUGAUAAAGAAGCGUUCAAUGAUCCUAAUGAUUCACCUCUUUUCCUUCAACGUGCAUGUGUCAGUUCUGCAACUGGUCAAGUUCCAGAGCAGUCCAGCCAAGCUGCGCAUGGUAGUGGACAGUCAUCACAACACCCCACGAGAGCUCACGUUUGAGAGUGCAAGGGUACAUACAGGUCUACAUUCAUCUGUGUGUGUUGCUACCCAUUGGAUUCCAUUGUAGUUUAUAUUGACUGAGAACACUCUCUCUUCCCUCCAGAAACAGGAGGCGUUCUGCCAACUGCUACAGCUGAUGAAGACCAGACACUCCCAACUGAGUGAACCUGACGUCAUCUCUGUGUUUGUGGGCAGCUGGAAUAUGGGUAACUAAGACACCAAUGGCACCUCACUGUCCUAGAGUGAAUUUUACUGUCUGGCAUCAGUACUUUUACUGGUAUGGUUAUGGCAAGUUAUUACAGGGUUAUUACACUGGAAAGUCACUAUUUUCUUAUUAGAAAGACAAUUGUUUUAUUGUAAGCACUAGAUGUUGGUCUAUUCUGAGUUGGACCCUCACUAAUGAUCUUAAUGGCUGUGUGUCCAGGUGGCUCCCCUCCCCCUCGCAGUCUGCAGUCCUGGGUGACGUGCUGUGGUCUGGGUCGAACCCCAGAUGAGUCCACAGCUCUGCUGCCUCAUGACAUCUACGCCCUGGGUACCCAGGAGAACUCUCAGGGGGAGAAGGAGUGGACCGAGCACAUCAAGGCUACUCUACACAGCUACACUCACAUGGAGUACAAACAGGUGAGCGUCAGCUUUUCCUCUAUUGUUCUCCAUUUAUCUCCAUUUUCCCUCUCUCUCUCUCUUAUUUUUAGUUUAUAGUUUUUUUGACACAGACAAUGUACAAUGAAAACAAAUGUUUUAGAACACUGAGAAAGGAAACGUUGCACCAUAUUUAGCAAACAGCUCAUUUCUAUCUGUAGUCCCGUCCUCUUUCUCCAUCUCUCCCUGCUUCUUUUUCUCCAUCUCUACUGUAUGUGCCGCUCUUUUGCCAUCUUUCCAUCUCUGUCUCUUUCGUUCUGUCCCUAUACCUUAUUGUCCCUUUCUCCCAGCUUUCAGUCUCUCUGAUUGACAUACGUUUGCAUUAUGUCAUUAUGCCCUUGCUCACCUUAUAGGAUAUCUGUUUGAUGUACUUUUUAUUUGACCCAUUCAUCCUGAAACACUGAUUGGUGUUUAUCUCUCUGUGACAGUUCCUUUACAUGCUCUUUGUAUUUGCACUUUGUCAACAAGAGGUACAUAGAACAGGGUGUAUAAACCAAUAAUGUAUAUAAACCCUGGAUUGCGGAUGCUAUGUAUUGAUUGGCCAAUGAGAGGAUUUGAAGCCACCAGUGGGCCAUAUUGGCACUCCCUAGAAGAGGAAGUUUGCCAUUGGAAUGAAUGGAAUUAUACAGUAUUUCAAAUAAAUGUUUUAAGGACAAAAUGACAUGGAUUUAAGUAUUUUGUUGUUGUAUUGGGGACAGUAACAUUAGAACUUUCAAAAAGUAUGCUUUAAGGAAAAUGAUUUUAUAUAUUAAAAAAUAAAAUAAUGUUUAGCUCACAUAAUAUAAUUUCAAUGUAUGCAUUAAGGUGUCUGUAAUAUAAUACAUGUGGCAAAAACAAAUGUAGACAUUAAUAAAUGCAUUUCUAUAGCUUCCAAAAUAUUUUUUUACAACGGUGGAGGAGUGCCAAUAUGGGGGCGCGGUGGUUUCAAAACCGCUUCCCCUGUUAGUCAUCUAGUGUAUAUAAAAAUAAUUGGUAUAAACUGGAAAUCUAGAGCAUCUUAAGGUUUUUUACUCAUUCAUUUACCAGAUACUUACUGGAGUUAGCCUAGCAAUAAAAUGUCUAAAAACGAUUGCUUAUGUCUAUGAUUACUAUACCCCCAUGAAAAAUCAAGGCCUAUGUCUUGAUUGCUCUGUUAUAGUGUACUGUGGUGAUAUGUCCUGCAGGUGGCAGUACAGUCCCUGUGGAACAUGAGGCUGGCAGUGUUUGUGAAGCCAGAGCACGAGAGUCGCAUCAGCCAUGUAAACACAGCCAGUGUGAAGACUGGCCUGGGGAACACACUGGGUAUGAUGCCAGGCCCCUACUUAGGUCGUCUAUGGGUUGGCUACACAUAACACCACAUCCUCCUCCUCCUCUCAGAAAAGAAUGCAUAGUAUACACAUACACAUACCAGUGGAAGCUGCUGAGGGGAGGGCGGCUCAUAGUAAUGGAUGGAAUGGAGUCAAUGGAAUGUCAUGGAAACCACAUGUUUGAUACCAUUCCAUUGACUUUAUUCCAGGCAUUAUUAUGAGCCGUCCUCCCGUCAGCAGCCUCCACUGACACAUACUGUACAUUUGGCAUGGCCUACAGCCAAAGACACGUGUCAAACUCAUUCCACGGAGGGCUGAGUGUCUGCAGGUUUUUACUCCUCCCUUGUACUUGAUUGAUUAAUUAAGGUCACUACUUAGUCAAGAACUCCCCUCACGUGGUUGUCUAGGUCUUAAUUGGAAGGAAAAACCAAAAACCUGCAGACACUCGGCCCUCCAUGGAAUGAGUUUGACACCCCUGAUCAAUGACAUCAGAGCAUGAUUAACAGGAAUGAGAUGUUGUGUUUAAUUAACUAACUGAGGUUAACCUUUAAAUGUCAAUCUGUAAAAUCUGUUUGUUUCCAGGAAAUAAGGGUGCUGUUGGCGUCUCCUUCCUCUUCAACAGUACAUCUUUUGGAUUUGUUAACUGCCAUCUGACCUCUGGCAGUGAGAAAAUAGUCAGGUAUGUACAUAUUGUAUGCACCAGUGGAGGUUGCUGAGGGGUGAACGGCUCAUAAUGGCUGGAACGGAGCGAAUGGAAUGGGAUCAAACCAUGUGUUUGAUGUAUUUGAUACUAUUCCACUAAUUCAGCUCCAGCCAUGACCACGAGCCCGUCCUCCUCAAUUAAGGUGCCACCAACCUCCUGUGGUAUACACAACUGUAUACAUACCCAUUUCCAAUGUUCAGCUGUUUAGUAUAUAAUUUGGGGGUGUUGGUUGACUGAUAGAACAUUAGGGUGAUGUUCAACACAAAUAUCAUCAGAUUGAUGUACAGUGUGUCCUUUUAAUAUAAGGACAUGCCAGGGCUGUACAGUGUGUAUGUUUCUACUGUAUGUAUGCAGCAUGUCUAUGUGUGUGAGUUGAUGUUGUCCUUCAAUGUCUCUCCCUGUGCUUGUGGUCCUGUCAGGAGGAACCAGAACUAUGCGGACAUCCUCAGGCUGUUGUCGCUGGGUGACCGGCAGCUCAGUGCCUUUGACGUCAGCCUGCGCUUCACACAUCUCUUCUGGUGUGGAGACCUCAACUACAGACUAGACUUGGACGUACAGGUCAGACAAAACCUGUCUCCUCUACACUUUCGGUUUCAUUGUUCCCCAGCAAAUAGAUAAAAUUUAGUGUAACCCGAAAACAAGAAUCUCCAUAGACCCAGAGCCUUACCUUGAAUUCUCUCAUACUGAAUCUCUAUUGUUUUACAGGACAUUCUGAAACAUGUGUCCAAGCGGGAGUUUGAUGAGCUCAUGUGUGCUGACCAGCUAACGCGAGAACGACACAAGAGGAAGGCCUUCCUCAAUUUCAGUGAGUAGCAUCCUACUGGCAUCAUGUCAAACUGUAUGUUUAUGUGCGGGUGAAAAUACCUGUGUUAUUGAUUCUUGUCAAUAAUUUCUGAAUCUACCCCCUCUCUCUCCUAUUCUCGCUCUAUUUCUCUCUCUUUGUCCUGGUUAAGAGGAAGAGAAGAUUGCGUUUCCUCCCACCUAUCGGUACGAGAGGGGGUCCAGGGACAGCUACCUGUGGCAGAAGUACAAGACCUCUGGCGUGAGUCUACCUCCCUGUGGCACUAUCUGACAACCUCUCAAAGGUACAUUAUGUCCAAAUCAGGGUGUUGUCUGAAUUACAGUCAAUCCGAAAGUGCUGAAUAAUCCACACAAAGCAUCACUUGUGAGCCUUGUGAAGCAGUCAGCAAAUAAGGAUAUUGCAUAAUGCUAGGUUGGGAAGCUUCGCUAUUGCAACUAGUGUAACCUGCCCCACUAAACAUUUUACACAAAGAAGUAUAGCUCACUACUGGACUUAAUUUAUUUGUAAAACAAUCAGUCUGUAUUGGGGUUACAGGGGGUGGGUGCUUUGACGGCAGCUGUCAUCAUGGCUACUGAAACUACCUCACAGGCUGAAAUGGCUGGUAUGAUUGGAGUGCAGUGUUCCCUACAUUAUAUAAUAUAAUUUUUCUAAUCAAUUCUAUGUUCAAUAUGUCCGCAUCAAUCACACACAAACACACAAUACAUAUAGUAAUUAUUCUAUUCUGUGUCUACAGGUGCGUGUCAAUGUGCCAUCAUGGUGUGACCGGAUUCUGUGGAAGUCCUACUCAGAGACACAUAUCACCUGCAACUCCUAUGGUGGGUUUAGGUUUAGGACGGGGAUGGGCAACUUUGAUGGGGGUGGGGGCCACAAAAAAACUCAUCAUAAGGGGCUGCAGUGUCUCAUGGCUCUGCGUGCCCCCCCUUGCGAGAAAACAUUUUAGCGGCCCCCCUCAUGACAACGAUGACAGAAAUGUACGUUUUACGGUUAAUCUCCUGCAUUUCUGCACAUUUUGCCUUGGGGAGGCGAAAAAUGUAGCAGUUUUAAAGCAAAUUUGCUGCAAUUCUACUCAUUUUGCCAUGGGGCGGAGAAAAACAUUAGCAAUUUUGAAGCUAAUUUCCUACAAUUCCACACAUUUUGCCAUAGGGUGAAGGCAAAUGUUUGCAGUUUUUUAUAUGAUAACUGAUUAUCAAUGGGCCCCACCCCGGUCAGUAAUUCGACCAUGCUUACUAUAAGUUUAGAUAGCUGGCCACUAGACUAACUUACCAAUCGAAAAUAAUUUAGCUGACAUGGGCUAAAUGUGUGGUCCUCUGUAGCUCAGCUGGUAGAGCAUGGCGCUUGUAACGCCAAGGUAGUGGGUUUGAUCCCCGGGACCACCCAUACACAAAAAUGUAUGCACGCAUGACUGUAAGUCGCUUUGGAUAAAAGCGUCUGCUAAAUGGCAUAUACCGUAUACCAAUUGAGUGACUGCUGAUGCACACCCACAUUUCGAAAUUGAACCUUGUGUUUUCUAUUAUUCUAUCUCUCAACAGUAAGUUGAGAUCCCGACUGAGUUCCAAAACCCCCCCAAAUAUAUACAGUACCAGUUAAAAGUUUGGACACACAAACACAUUCAAGGGUUUUUCUUUAUUUGUAUUAUUUUCUACAUUGUAGAAAAAUAGUGAAAACAUCAAAACAAUGAAAUAACACAUAUGGAAUCAUGUAGUAACCAAAAAAGUGUUAAACAAAUCAACAUUUAUUUUAGAUUUUAGAUUCUUCAAAGUAGCCACCCUUUGCCUUGAUGACAGCUUUGCACACUCUUGGCAUUCUCUCAACCAGCUUCACCUGAAAUGCUUUUCCAUCAGUCUUGAAGGAGUUCCCACAUAUGCUGAGCACUUGUUGGCUGCUUUUCCUUCACUCUGCGGUCCAAAUCAUCCCAAACCAUCUCAAUUGGGUUGAGGUCGGGUGAUUGUGGAGGCCUCAACUGAUGAAUUUUUAUUUAUUUUUAUUUUACCUUUAUUUAACUAGGCAAGUCAGUUAAGAACAAAUUAUUAUUUACAAUGACGGCCUACACCGGCCAAACCCGGACGACCCUGGGCCAAUUGUGCGCCGCCCUAUGGGAAGCACAACAUCACUCUCCUUCUUGGUCAAAUAGCCCUUACACAGCCUGGAGGUGUGUUGGGUCAUUGUCCUGUUCAAAAACAAAUUAUAGUCCCACUAAGCGCAAACCAGAUGGGAUGGCAUAUCGCUGCAGAAUACUGUGGUAGCCAUGAUUAUUAAGUGUGCCUUGAAUUCUAAAUAAAUUACUGACAGUGUCACCAGCAAAGCACCCCCACACAUCACACCUCCUCCUCCAUGCUUCAUGGUGGGAACCACACAUGCAGAGAUCAUCCGUUCACCUACUCUGCGUCUCACAAAGACACGGCAGUUGGAACCAGAAAUCUCAAAUUUUGACUCAUCAGACCAAAGGACAGAUUUACACCGGUCUAAUGUCCAUUGCUCGUGUUUCUUGGUCCAAGCAAGUCUCUUCUUCUUAUUGGGGUCCUUUAGUAGUGGUUUCUGUGCAGCAAUUUGACCAUGAAGGCCUGAUUCACACAUGAACAGUUGAUGUUGAGAUGUGUCUGUUACUUGAACUCUGUGAAGCAUUUAUUUGGGCUGCAAUCUGAGGUGCAGUUAACUCUAAUGAAUUUAUCCUCUGCAGCAGAGGUAACUCUGGGUCUUCCUUUGCUGUGGCAGUCCUCAUGAGAGCCAGUUUCAUUGAAAAUGGGUCGUGGAUGGGUAUUCCAGCAUGACAAUGACCCAAAACACACGGCCAAGGCAACAAAGGAGUGGCUCAAGAAGAAGCACAUUAAGGUCCUGGAGUAGCGUAGCCAGACCUUAAUCCCAUAGAAAAUAUGUGGAGGGAGCUGAAGGUUUGAGUUGCCAAAUGUCAGCCUCGAAACCUUAAUGACUUGGAGAAAAUCUGCAAAGAGGAGUGGGACAAAAUCCCUCCUGAGAUGUGUGCAAACCUGGUGGCCAACUACAAGAAAUGUCUGACCUCUGUGAUUGCCAACAAGGGUUUUGCCACCAAGUACUAAGUCAUGUUUUGCAGAGGGGUCAAAUACUUAUUUCCCUCAUUAAAAUGCAAAUCAAUUUCUAACAUUUUUGACAUGCGUUUUUCUGGAUUUUUUUGUUGUUAUUCUGUCUCUCACUGCUGAAAUAAACCUACCAUUAAAAUUAUAGACUGAUCAUUUCUUUGUCAGUGGGCAAACGUACAAAAUCAGCAUUUUUUCCCUCACUGUAUGUUAAAUAUAUCGAUAACAGUCACUUAUUAAAUAAAUACCUCUUAUCAGUCUCAUUCUGAAUGUCGCAUAAUCCUUGAACCUGCAAGAACCCUAACCUUAUUGAUGAAUCAGCAAUACACAAAUUGGCUUAUUUAUUUACUAACUAAAUAAUAACACAAUACAAACACACAUAGGUUAUUGAUUACUAACGUAAUACAAUUAAAACAGGUACCUAGUGGACUGGACUAACAUUAGCAUGAAUGCUUGGGUGGUGGAGGGGUCAGAAUGGAAGGGAGAGACAGAGAGUCAAACUAUCGUGGUUACUUUGGAAACUACGCUACACGGAAAUAUAAAUGCUUAAAACCACACUAAACGCUCAUUCUGAUUAGAAAUGCAAUAUGUGUAGCUGUCCUCGAUAGUUCAAUUGAUGAUGUAGGACUCUGGUUUGCCCACCAGAGAUUCCAAUGUACUUGGUAGAAUUUCUGGUCGUAGUGGUGGUUAGAAUGGAUACUUCAGAUGUACCAGCGGUUGUCGGAGAGGAAUUGUCCUUUCCAACUCGUGUCUUUAGUGAAAGUUCUCUAGACGACUAUACAUGCCAGCUGCAGACUGAGAAGAUAAGGUCUAGUGCAUUGUCUUCUUCUUCACCUCGUGUAGAGGUUGAGAGUUUCAGAGUUUCUCCAUUUCAAACGUGUGGACUAACGUCUCACGUUUUCUGGUCUUUCUAGUCUAACCAUUUUGUAACGUGUAGCUUCAGCGUCACGCUUCUUGGUCUUGUAGAGUGUCAACCAUUUUAAGCCGUGGGGCUUACUGGUCUGGUAGAAAUUCAACCAUUUGCAACGUUUGGCUCACACUUCACGUCUGUAGAGUUUCAACCAUUUGCAACGUUUAGCUCACGCUUCACGUCUGCUGGUCUGAGGUGAAUUUCGUUACGAGGCUUUUUAUGCACUCGGGGUAAAAGGGGCAUUCCAUCAUGUUUGUGCUGAUCUGGGCAUGGCCACUGACUGAGAACAAAUCAAUAUGGAAAACAAUCAUCUCAUCUAGAAUGCUAAAAUCACAUUGUUAUCUUCACAAAAGUAUUAUUAUACUUAAUCAUUCGUUUUAUACAACCAUUAGAUGCAAACCCCAUAACUGGGAAGUGUACACCCCCAGAGAUAUAGUUAUGUUGUUCCACCGUCUUUAAUGACAUCACAACAUAGUAACGAAUUUGACAUGAUUGUUCUUUAAGUUGGGCUCCCGAGUGGCGCAGCGGUCUAAGGCACUGCAUCUCAGUGCUUGAGGCGUCACUACAGACCCCCUGGUUCGAUUCCAGGCUGUAUCACAACCGGCCAUGAUUGGGAGUCCCAUAGGGCGGCACACAAUUGGCCCAGCGCCGUCUGGGUUUGGCCGGUGUAGGCCGUCAUUGUAAAUAAGAAUUUGUUCUUAACUGACUUGCCUAGUAAAAUUAAAUUAAAAAAUAAAGUCCCCACCAAUCAUUUCCCACAUUCUUUUAAGUAGGAAUAUUUUUUCACUAUCCACUUUUGGAUGUUGGAGUCUUGGCAGGAAGACUUCCUUUGUCUCACAGGGAAAUUCCCUUUCCCAAUACUGCAUGGCACGGAAAAUAAAGUUUCUGCAAGGAAUUUACGACCGGUCAUAAAACUGGCCCCCAGGAAAGGGGGUGUUCAAACCUUUGCCUAGCAGGAAUCUUUGAUCCUCAGCCCAUGAUGGCAAGUCAUGACAACUGCUCAAACGCAUUAAGAAGGAAAGCAAUUCCACAAAUUAAACUUUUAACAAGGCACAACUAUUAAUUGAAAUGCAUUCCAGGUGACUACCUCAUGAAGCUGGUUGAGAGAAUGCCAAGAGUGUGCAAAGCUGCCAUCAAGGCAAAGGGUGGCUACUUUGAAGAAUCUCAAAUAUAAAAUAUAUGUUGAUUUAUUUAACACUUUUUUGGUACUACAUGAUUCCAUAUGUGUUAUUUCAUAGUUUUGAUGUCUUCACUAUUAUUCUAGAAUGUAGAAAAUAGUAAAAAUAAAGAAAAACCCUGGAAUGAGUAGGUGUGUCCAAACUUUUGACUGGUACUGUAUAUUUGUUUAAUACAUUGUAUUUUUUAAAUUAUUAUUAUUGGGCUGCUAGUUGCCCAUCCCUGGUUUAGGACAUAUUUUUGGGGGGCUCAUAACAUUAUCCUCAGACAUACUGUAACAGCGUUGUGGUUUAACAUUCAGACACAGCAAAUUGGAUAUCAUAGUAUUAUUUCUCAAGGCGUUCCUAAAUUAAACAUUUUGUGGCCAUUUCUUUCAUUGUUUUCCUGUAAAAUGCAAGAGGCGCUGUUAAGGUAUGAUUGGCAACUCCUACGUCCUCUGGUCUGUGGUCCUCAGACAAACAGUCAGUUCCUCACCGCGGCUCUGACUCCAGGGCACUGCUUUUGACCUCCCUCAGCAAAACUCCCCAUACACCAUACUCCAUCAUAGCCACUAAAGGAUAAUUAGUUUUGUCUAUGCCACAGGUUUUGAUGAUAAGGUCGAACAACAUACAGUGCUGAAGUGAUCAUCAGUGACAUAAGAAUGCUUAUAUGAUAUACAGUUAAUAGCAUAACGAUAGUGGACAGGGCUGUAUCAUUAUGACUGAGAUCUCUCUGUCUGUCUCCAGGUUGUACAGAUGACAUCUUCACCAGCGACCACUCGCCUGUUUUUGCCACAUUCCAUGUAGGGGUGACAUCACAGUUCAUCUCCAAAACAGGUGAUUGUGGUUAUUUUGACAUAAGAAUUUCUAUGAAUAUACGUCAUAUAAUAUAACCUUUAUGCUUGCUUGUGAGCCUCUAUUGCCUUGUACUACAAACAGACCCAAGCUCGAGCAUGGAGAGGGCCUGGAUAGAGUUGGAAGGUGUUGAGGCCAUUGUGAAGACAGCCAGCAAAGCCAAGUUCUUCAUUGAGUUUCAUUCAUCCUGCCUUGAAGGUGCUUUGUCCUUAAUCAUCUUUUCUCAGCUAGUUCAUCUAAAGUUCUAUAAUAAACUCUGUGACUUAUGUGAUUAAUGAUUUAAGUCGAUAUCUGUUUUGAGCAGAGAUCCGCCGUUCCAUAGAGAAUGAUUUGCAGAGCUGUGACGUGCCUGGCUUCCUCAAACUGGGCUGGUCCCCCAAGCAGCUACCCAAGGUAAAUACAUCAACCUGGAGCUAGAUGACGAACUCAUACCAAAGACGCAUUGCUAACCUGUGUGUGUCUACAUAUCAUAGCUUCUCCCGAUCGUCUCAGACAUGGAGUACCUUCAGGAUCAGCACCUCCUGCUGUCUGUCAAGUCAUGUGACGGGUUUGAGUCAUACGGUUGGUCAUUACUCCUUCCCUUCGUGUUCGUAACCGCCACCAUUCACUAUUUCCCCUCUCAUCAGUCACUUAGCAAAAAGUAAAUCAACGCCCUUUGACCCUAGUCAUUGAGAUGUUUUGAAGUGUAUUUUAGGCACAGAUCAAGGACCAGCGUACAGUCUUCAAAUCUUAACUAUUAGGGGAGAAAAAAGCUAAACUGACCAGAGAUCAGUGUCUGGGCUGGGACAGCUUCAUCCCACUCCAAUGUUGACCGUACCGUUGACCCUGUAGGUGAGUGCUGUGUGGCGCUGCGCUCCCUCAUCGGCACAGCAGAGCAGUUUGAGACAUUUCUGACCCACCGGGGUGAGGAGAUGGGCUCCAUACGUGGGCGGGUCAGGGUCCACGUGCCCAAGGACCGGCGACGAACACGGGAGAAGAUCUACGGUGGGUUCGCCUGCCUGCACUCUCGCCAACCUCCUCGCUGCUCUCCUCUCCUUCCUCUGCUUGUACUAUCACUUCCCGCUGGGCUUCUGUUGCGACAGUCCAUAUGCUCUUUGGUUCUCCUGUGUAUCUCUCAGUUCUUCCUCUAUUUGGUUCCUGAUUGAUCCAAGGCUUUGCAUUCUCUCUCUGUGGUCUCUGCCCUGGCUUCCUCUUUUGGCUCCUCGCUGACUGAUCCUGACCAGAUGCAUCCUGAGACAUUCAAAGGACACACAGUGUGAGUGGGUGCCAUUUGCCCUAUAGGUCAGGCAUUAUGCAUUGCCAUGACAACACGCAUAAACACUACCACCACACGCCAGGGGCAGCCUUUACCCCAGACAACACAGAACAUAUGGAAAAGACAUGAGUUAGAUGGUGUCCAGUAAACAUCUAUUUUGUCUUUUUCAGAGUGGUUCUGCUUUGAGAAGGAUGAGAAGGGUCUGGUGAGAGGACGCUUGUCUCCUCCGUCCACUCGAGCACCUAUCAGCCGGUGAGGAUCUUUUUGGUGUUUUUCAAGUCACUCAUUGUAAAACCAGCCAACAUACAUUGUCAGCAUAUGAUUCCGAGAUAUGAUUAGUGAUGGGAGUAUGCAGUGUGGUUUGUCAUUUAGCCUACUUUCAUUAUUAUCUGUCCACCCAUUUCAGAUCCUCACCGCCUCCGCCCAAGCCGGCCCCUAGCAGUUACACAAACCCUGCCUACUUCAUAUUUGAAGGUGUGUCUGUCCUGGGCAGGGUAGAGGAAUCUCCACCCCCUCGCACGGACCCUCAGGUGGUCUGGGCCGGCGACUCCGUGCUGCAGUUACCCAAACUCUUUGGGGGGCAUGGCUAUGACAGGAAGUCCCCUCGCAGGUCCGACUUCACUGAAAUCGAGAUUCCAGGCAUCCUGCCGCACUACCCUUCCACCAAUCACCAUCAUCCACCCCAGACCAACUCCUCCUAUCAGCUCUUCCCAUCAAAGGACCCAUCGCCAAUCCCCCCUGCCCCAAGCCCCACCACCACCUCUCACUAUCAUGAACAACCCAUACAACCACGACCAAGCAAGAACAAUGUUGUCCAGGAUUCCAUCCUGCCUGCCAAGAACCUGAGGAACAUGUACAUGAACCACUCCGCCAUCAUCAGAGAGACCCCCAGGAGAGAACAGCCUAGGGUGCACCAACACCCUGUACGGAGCAGCAAACUCCCAGCCUUCUACCCCUAUGUGUCCACCUGUGUGCCCCACACCCAGGCCUCAGCCCCCUGGGUGGUGGAGCAGCCAGUUGGGCCCCUUGGGGACCACUCCCUCACAGCCCUGCAGAUUGCCAAGUCACUCAGCGAGGUGGACUUCUUCCCUGUGGACCUUAAGGCUCCAUUUACCCCAUGCCAGAGACCGGCCCAGAGGAAGGACCUAGCCAUGGCUGCAGAAAGAGGCUACUGCUGGGAGAAAGAGGUGGGUAGAUGUAAUAUGUAGAGCCUAGUAAUGGGCCCAGGUCUUCUUCAGGUUUUCUAGGUCAGGUCACGUUAUCAGGAAAAAUGAGUCAUAGCCCUAAUACAGGGGGCCUCCUGUAGCUCAGUUGGUAGAGCAUGGUGCUUGCAAUGCCAGGAUUGUGGGUUUGAUUCCCACGGGGGGCCAGUAUGAAAAAUGUAUGCACUCACUAACUGUAAGUCGCUCUGGAUAAGAGCAUCUGCUAAAUGACUAAAAUGUAAAAUGUACUAUGGCAAUGGACAGGUAGUUUUUUGAUGAGACGUUUGUUUUGGUGUUUGAUACAGGUCCUCCAUGGAGCUCCAGAGACGGUGCGAGAACUACUUAGCACCCUGGGUCUGCAGAAGUACACUCUGGGACUCAGCCUCAAUGGCUGGGAUGACCUGGACUACUUCAGGUGAGAGGAGGAAUGAUGGUGGAUGGAACCUGAUUCGUUUGGUCUCGGUGGUCUAAGUCAGUCAGGGAUAGCUAAAUGACCUUUGCCCUCUCCACAGUGGCAUCACAGAGGAGGACCUGCGUGCAGCCGGAGUGUCGAACCCGUCGCAUCGCCGGAGGAUCCUGGAGAACCUACCCAAGAUCUGGGAUUCACUAUAGACCUACUCACUUUGUUUGAGUUCUCAAACUGAACCCAAUGGACGUCAGGGACAGAUGCCUGCCCUAAUGGACUACUCGCUAUCUCUUCCACUCACCGUCCUUUUAUUUACAGUAAAAAUGACUUUCUAGUAAGCAAACACACAGACAUGGUGCAUGUCCCAUGAAAUCCUCAUCUCAUAUCCGUUUCCAUACCUUAAAAUGAGAGAUGUGGAUUCAAGCCAUGGUCAAACAUUUUUUAUAUCCAAUUUAGAUCCACAUAGCUAAAUAUUGAUUAUGUGUCUCCCCAGCAGUCACCGGACGAGAGUGUUUACUGAGCAAUCACACGCAUCACCUCCUCCCCUGCCCUUUCCACUGCUUUACCGUUAUAAAGAACAGCACAGAGCUUGUAAAAUCAAUCAAUAGGGGCCAUGGAGGAUGAAAUGUAUAGCUGUACAUAUUUACCAGUACACAUUUUAACAUGGCCUGGAAAGUUAAUAAGAUAAGGUCUCGCUUUCUGUUUACUGUCUGAUGGUAUUGUUAUGUUGUCACUGUGGUGUAGCUGUUGUUAGUGAUAAGAGGGGAAUCCAGUGGGAGGAAUAUGUGAACUCUGGGCUCGUUUAUUUACAUUCUUACUCUUACAUUGUAGAUCUUGUUUCUCUAUUCAAUUUUCUCUCCCUUAGCUAAUAACUCGUGUGUGCUCACAAGAUAAUAAAGAGGCACCCACCCAUUUAACAUGAACAUCACAGUCACUUAAUCAAUGCUUCUGUGAACUUUUUUUAUUUUUUUUACUGCCUUUUAAAAACGGAAUUGUAUAAAACUAACUGUUGACAUAUGUGGGUUCUUAGACACUGCUACUGUGUGAAGAUCGAUGGCAUAAAACCUGUGCUUGACGCCUG